AUGCCAUCAGUUAGUAUUUCAACAAAGCAGUUGCAAACACUAUUUCAUUCAGAGACUAAACAGACUACUGUGACAACACCACUUGGUAACACAAUUGUUGAGAUUCAAGGUGAUCUGGAGGUUCCGCUGUCUAGGCCCUCUGAUGACUCUGCUUCCGAUGAGAUCUUAAGUAGAUUUACUCAAUACAAAGGUGAAGAUAUAGUAAGGUUUGGGUUGCUAACCAUCAGUCCAGAUAAUAAGGUUGCAACAUUAUAUGUAGGGAAGAAGCAGAGAUUGCUUGGUAAUGUAGUGAAAUUGGAGACUCCAUUGGGUCUGCUUAAGUUUGAUAAUGAUUCAGGAACCGUGGAGAUGCAAGAUAUAUUUGAAUAUAAAAUUAUCUUCAAAGAAAGGCCCCUGCCAAUUAUGUAA